AUGAGAGAUGAUGAAAAAAUAGAUGAAUAUUUUUUGAGAAUUCAUGAAGUUGUUAAUGGGAUGAGAGGAUUAGGUGAAGAAGUAGAUGAAUUCACAAUGGUUAAGAAGGUCAUUAGAACCUUACUGCCUAAAUAUGAAACCAGAGUUUCAGCUCUUGAAGAGAAGAAAUUUUUUAAUAAGCUUACGUUAGAUGAUCUUCAAGGAAGCUUGAUAGACUUUGAAAUGAGAACAAGCAAAGUUGACAAUGGUAGAUCAUCAUUGAAAGAAACUACUUUUAAAAGAGAGAAGAAAGAGGAUUUGGAUAGUGAAUCAGAAUUGUCUGAUUCUCUUGAGGCUCUCUUAGUGAGAAAACUCAAAAAGAAAUAUAGAAGAAAGCUGCUAGUCAAGUGUUUUAAUUGUGGCAAAGUUGGUCACUUUGCAACCCAAUGUUCUCAUGCUGAUCAAAACAAUGAUGAUGAUCAAAAUGAAAAACAUUACGAGAAAAAAAUCUUUAGCCCUAAAAAGAAAUUCAACUUUAACGAUUUCAAAAAGAAAAAGAGUCUAUUCAAUAAAAAAGACUUUGAUGAUGAGUUAGAUGACUCUUUAGGUGAUGAAGGUGAAACCUUAUUGAUGCCCAAAAUUGAUAUGCCUAAAAUUUCAAGCAGUAAAGCUGGCAAUCUAUUGAAUAGUCAAUCUGAUUUAGAAAAUUGUGAGAUAAACCUUGAAGGUGAACUACUUUGUGCCCUUCAAGAAAUUAGAAAACUCAAGAAACAUAUUUCCUCUCAGGAGAAACUUUUAGAUCAUUUGACUAUUUUUCUGCAAACUGAGUUAGAUGACUCUAAAAGAGUUAUAGAGAAUCUCAAAUCAAUACUUUCUGACAAAGAAAAGGAGAUUCAAACUCUCGAACAACAAGUUGGUACUCUCACUAAGCAAAUGGAAAAACAUGAUACAACUAUUCACUUGCACAAUAUGCUUGGAAAACAAAGGCAGCUUGAUAGCUUCGAUUUACUUCCUUCUUUAAUGGCUAUUGUUUCUUUUGUAACAAAUUUGGACACAAAAUGUAAUACAGUUGGUCAUACCCCAGAUAGUGAAAUCAAAAUAUCCCUACUACUGAAAAGUGGUUGCUCCAACCACAUGACAGGGGACAAAGAUAAGUUCUUGAAACUUGAAGACUAUGUUGGUGGUUUUGUAAAGUUUGGUGACGAUUCAGGGAUUGAAAUAAAAGGUAGAGGGUCUUUACUUCUUAAUGAUGAUACACCUAUUCAUGAUGUGCUUAUUGUAGAAGGUCGAUAA